CGGGAGGGUCCCUCAGGGGAAUCUACGCACUCUAAAAUAUAGGAGUACUUUUUACAUCCACGAGUUUUUUCGCCAAAACAAUCAACCUGAAAAUGGAAGAAUGAAAGAUUCCCAUCCUUAUCUGAAAGUGACGCAAACUACAUAGCAAUUCAACUUCAUUGGGUCUUCUUUCCUUGGAUCUCCUGUUACCUUUAACUCUUCAACUUCCUCUAAAGUCUCUUUCUCUUCCAACAAGAUGAUGACACAGCCUUUGUUUCUUUGUUCCUACUCGAUAAUGACUCAGAGUUCUCUGUAUAUAAACAGCCACUUUUGUACAAACGGGGUCAAACUUGAAAUCAAUUGUGAUAAAGACAGAUAAAAAGCAAGCUGGAUUGUUUGGUGAAGAGAAUUAUAAGGUGGAGGUUGUUCAGUCCAAUAAAACAGAUGCCUUUCAAUGUAGUAGAUGACUCCAAUGGCUUUCCCCGUGUGUUGUUGUCUGAGCCUGGUGGCUCCUCAGCCGAGGUACUCUUGUAUGGUGGUCAAGUUGUCUCAUGGAAGAAUGAACGAGGAGAAGAACUACUGUUCAAAAGUGCCAAGGCUCUUGCAAAAUCUCCAAAUGCAAAUAGGGGCGGGAUAUCUGUUUCAAUUUCACAGCUUGGUGCUACAGGGCAUGUUCUGCAGCAUGGAUUGGUGAGACAGAAUCUGUGGUCAUUAGAUAGUAGCCCUUUGCAUCUACCUUCCUCUGGAAGCCAGUCAUCUAUUGACCUCAUCUUUCAGCCAGUCGGGGAAGAUUUGAAAACUUGGCCUUGUAGUUUUGAACUCCGGCUUCAUGUAUCAUUGGGUCCUGGAAGGCUGAAGCUGAUACCCUCUGUCAGGAAUACUGAUAACAAAUCCCUUUCCUUUACGUUUGGCCUAAGAAAUUACUUGUCAGUUUCCGAUAUCAGUGAGGUGCGCAUUGAAGGUCUAGAGACACUUGACUACUUGGAUCUUUUGUUGCAAAGGCAGAGAUUUACAGAACAAGCUGAUGCUAUUACAUUUGACGGGGAGGUGCAUCGUGUUUACUUGAGUACACCACCAAAAGUUGCCAUUAUAGACCAUGAGAAAAAGAGAACUUUCGUUCUGCGAAAGGAAGGCCUACCAGAUACAGUUCUUUGGAAUCCAUGGGACAAAAUACCUAAGGCUAUUCCUGAUUUUGGAGUGGAGGACUACAAGAUUAUGAUGUUAGUAGAUUCCGCAGCCUUUGAAAAGCCAAUUGAGCUGAAACCUCAUCAAGAAUGGAAAUGCUGUCAAGAGAUUGUUGCUGUCUCUUCAAGCUAUUGUAGUGGGCAAUUGGAUCCUCAAAUGGUUCUUCAUGGUUUGAGCUGAACUUAAAUAUAAGCUACAUAUUGGACUUCCCUUAUGUGUUAUGUUGCUGUCAUAUGUUUAUAUGUAAAGAUAAACUUGAUAAGAUGAUUCUGCAGUUCUUUGGUUUAACGUUCUAUGUAUUGACCUGUCCCGUUUAUUGGCGAGGAGGUGAGGUCAAUUAAACAUAUCAUAUUGUGUUAUGUUU